GGACUUUAUCUAUAUCAAUAAAAUCAAACUGAGACUUGGAUAUCAAGUAUUCUCCUUGGCCUAGGUCAAAAAAGCUAGAUCCGAUGGAAUCUGUUGAGACCUCUGAAGCUAACCAUCACGAGUACAAUGAAUGGAAGGAAGUCGUGUACCGUAAGCCCAAGAUUGUUCCCGACGGAAACAAGCAAGCUGAGGAUCAAAGACAAGCGGCCAAGCUGUUUGCUGCCGAUGUGGAGGAAGAACAGAAUGGUUCCCCUGCCGCCAGGGAUGAGAACGUGAAGGCGGAGGAAACAAAAAAUCCGAAACCAAGGAAGAAAAAGAAAAACAAGAAGAAGAAUACAAAAGUGUCUCUGUCCGAAGCUGCGGCAAAGAUCGACCCUUCACAGCUUGCCGAGUUCCUCCUAAAACAAGAACUGGAACCUGGCACGAGUCAGCUAAUAGAAUUCCUCGAGUACUUUGAGACUGCAUUUUCCCAAGUAUCUUCUGUUCAAUUUCCAUGGCUGGAGAUGUUUAACAACAAUUGUCCUUUGUCACGGUGAUCGAUGUUCCAUUAUCUUAUAUUCCUGAACCUGUCUACAAAGCAUCAGCCGAUUGGAUAGACCAGCUUCCAGACAAGUCGGUCUCUACCUUUGUAAAGUGGGCCUCUAAGAACAUUCGCACUGAUCUGGCAGAAGAACAAGAAGUCAUCAUAGACUGUGAGAAGGAUGAGUUCCAUGAAAAGGUGGCGUUACAUGUUUCAUUAGCAAUGGUGUUACGUAGGAGACCUCAUUCUUUGAUUUUUUCUUUGCCGGCUAUGUGGACGGAUAUUUCGGCUAAGUAUCGAAAACUAGACGAGGUUCCAUUUGCAGUUUGGAUGAUAGCUCAGGCCUCCCGAGGUGAUUUAUCUGUAGGCUUGUAUUCAUGGGCGCAUGUCUUGUUACCACUAGUGGCUGAUAAGAAGUGCAACUCUCAGUCCAGGGAUUACAUUCUGCAACUGGUUGAGAACAUUUUGUCGAAUCUAGAUGCUUCUACCGUGCUUGUGAAUGGGACUCUUAGCGAUGGAAAGAGACUGAUCCCACCUCAUGUAUUUGAGGGCUUGCUGCGGCUUACAUUCCCUGCUUCAUCCGCAAGAGUAAAGGAUACAGAGAGGUUUGAGUCAACCUAUCCCUUGUUGAAAGAAGUGGCUCUUGCCGGUGCACCAGGAAGCGAGACAGUGAAACAGAUAUUCACUUCUACUCUGAAGUUAGCUGGGGAAGGAAAUGCUAUUUUAGCCAAUGAAGCUACAUCAAUAGCUAUCUGGUUGUUGGUUGCCGAAGAUGCUGAUUGCUUCAACCUGUGGGACAGUAUCUAUGAGGAGAAUCUUGAAGCUAGUGUUGCUCUUCUUAAGAAGCUUGUAGACGAAUGGAAGGAUCAUUCUCUCAAACUAUCAUCAUCACCAGGUGAUAUCAAACGAACUAUCAAGAGCUUCAGGAUAAAGAAUGUAAUUGCCAUCAGUGACGGAAGAGCCAAUGCUUCUCUUUACAUAGACGCUGACAAGUCAUGUAAAGUGCUAUCGGGAAGACUCUCCCGUGGAACUGGCUGCCUCAUAGGUACAGCCAUUACUGCUGUGCUUCUAGCUGCUGCUGGAGUUGCUGCUGCUGCGAUAACAAAGGUUUCGUUUUUAUGAUCAGAAAAGUUGAGAUUUGAGACACUAAAAAUAGCUCGCAAGUUUGUACAUAUAAGUUCUUUUUAGACUUGUUUCUACAAGAAUUCUUUUUACUUUUCUAGACUUACUUAAUUUGUCCAGAUAAUUUUUUCUAGA